GAGACAGCGCGGGAUAGGCCUUCUCGCUUUACUCGGAAAACCCCCAACAAAAUCAUCGCGGAGUGUAAAUUAUUUCUUAAAUCCAUUCUCGAGAAUCCCGGGAAAGUUUCACGUUUCAUCCCCGCCACCCGUGCAAUGGCGUAUCUUUCGAACUUCAACGCCGAGACGGGCAAAACGAUUCUGGUUGAUAUCCUGAAGACGGUGAACCAGCCGGAAAACUCGAAGAAGCUGGGCGAAGCGAAAGCCAACUCGGGCAAGGAGAUGAUCAAGAUGAUGCAGCACGUUUUCCCGCUGGUCAUGCAGAUCCAGAUCAGCGUCAUAAAGGAUUACGGCUUUCCCGGGAACCGCGAGGGGCUGGUGCAGUUUGAGCAAAUUAUCCGCGAGUUCGAGCGAGAGGACGUGGACAUCGCGCGGCUGCGGGCCCAGAUUCGGUCGAUUUAUUUGCCACCGAUCAACAUCAACAGCACGAACGAUAUUCUGAUUUAAACGCUAGGCUUUGGGGAGUGCAUUAUAAUAUGUUUAAGUAAGACUGAAGCGACGACCAAGGGGGUCCCGAAUCGCCCGCUACGAGCUGCCAACACACUGCCAUGAAACCGUGGAACGUACAGUAUUGAAUUGAAGUUCAAACCUUGGGUGUUCCUCAUGCUCCAAAACCGGAUUAACUUCCCAAAAUCCUCAUCUUCAAAGUGUCGCACGUGCUUUAUAGUUAUACAUUCAAAUUUAUUUACACUGCAUUUGACCACGAAUAAACCGUACACAC